UUCAUCAGGCCAUUCUUGACAGUCGUCCACCCUCGGCCGGGCUGUUUCAAGUUCUACUCUUCAUAUCAUGAUGCGCUUCAUCGGAUGUGGAAUCGUCUUUGCUUCCGUGCUCUCUGCCGAGGCUGGUGGAGUGCGCGGCAGCGAGGGGCGCACCAUUGCGGUGGAGGAUGUGCAGGCUGGCUUGCAGAGUGCCAUGCAAGCUUUGCUUGAUGGUGAUUAUGCUUCCACCAAGCGCGCUGGGCACAUUGAGGCCCGCGUGUGGCAAACCUUUCAGGCCCUUCCCAAGAAUGAGAUUGGGCGCCUUAGUCCAAGGGGUGUGCGAUAUUUGGUGCACAACUACUUCAUGAAGGAGCAUGGUUGGCUGAUUCAGGGCUUGGAUCCUCAUGGAAACCGGGCGGAUGUCUCAGAAAUUCAUGAAGUCAACAUCUUGCAAGACAAGGCCCCGGCACUUGUAGAGUCCUUGCUUGAAGCACGCCGCUCCAACCAUGGCCUCUCCUUGACUGAUGUGGUGACGAUGAUUACAGCCUUGGAACGGCUGAUCUUUGACGAAUCCUUGUCCCUGCUCCGGGCAUCUUACAUCUUCAAUGAUCAGAGCAUGCUUGGAACUGUUGGACAGAGCGAUGUGCACGAGAUUCUCACGUCUUAUCUCCUCCUCUUCCAGUUGGGAAGCAAGGGCAACUUGUCGGAUGCGCGCCUGCACAACUCCUUGAAGAGCCGACUCUCUGUGCGUGAUGACUGGCCAGUCUUGGUAGAUUUCCAGCGGGAUGCCGUGUUGAACUUCAACUUUGCCAAGCAGCACAGCUCCAAUCCGUUCCAAGAACCACAGUACACCUUCCAGGACACGCUUGGGAUUGUGGAAGAAUUGGCCCAUAGCUAUGGCCAGUGGCAGAACAUGGAGUGCCGGCAGAUGAAAGCAGACCUAAUGGACCUUGAUGCUGACGGUGAUGGCCGUAUCCCCCUUGGAAAGUUCUAUGGUCGGGUGGACAACACGAAGUAUCAGUUCACUGAAUCGAUGCAGUACCUGCAAGAGGUUGGGGCUCUUGAUGAGGAGAAGAAGGUGCGCAUUGCCAACUACUUGCAGGGCCCCUCCAAUUGCAUCGCCUCGUCGACCUAUUACUCUGUGUGUUGUCUGAGUGAGUGCGAGGGUGUCUUGAACGACUUGGAGGUCAAGGUCCAAGGGCCCAGUGCCGAAGCGAUGCAUCUCCUGCGUUUGUUGGGCAACAUUUCGUCCUCCACGGUGGACGCACCACGCGAGUUUCCCCAGGUCAUGGUGGAGAGGCUUCAGCAGAUUGCGGAGCAGAACGGUGGAGAAGUGCCGCUUCACGGAUGCCUCUUUUCUGAAUGGUUGCACUUUGCCUUCCCAAAUGAGUGCCCCUAUCCCCACAUGGUCGAGGAGGCUAAGGCGCUGACACCAUCGCAUUGGUUCGACAAAAAGAUGUCCGUGGAGCCGGGACAGCGCAUCCACUUGGCGUCCGCGGCAGAGGAAGAGACGACCGAGACAGCCAGCGGCGUUUCGAGCGAGAUCACUUGGGCGUCCAAGGAAGUCCUUCAUGUCUCUGAGACUUCGAGACUACCUCGAAGAACUUCAAUUUUCUGCUUCCGGACGGUCGUGCAGGUGGCUCUGUUGCUGGCUGUGCUUCGUGCUGCCAGCAGCAACUGGCAGACUCUUCUCCGAACAGGCGGCAAGGAGAAGGAGUAUCAGCUGCCGUUCUGAGCCGAUUUCCCGAUGACUUCGCGCAGAGAAAAACGACAUAGCUCGCUG